AUGAGUGUGCGGAGUGGAUUCUCCUCAGUAUCUGUUGUGUUUCCAGGGAGCACGUUCAAGUUCGAAAAAGGCUCACGGUUUGGUGAUGGGAUUAUAUCGAAGGAGGGUAUGCCUGUUGUUUCGCGUGCGGGUGUAUUGAAGUAUCAGUCUGACACGAAGUACUACUACGUCUAUAGCGAUAUUAAAAAAUACCACCCGAGUGUUGGUGAUGUCGUGGUUGGCUUAAUUCGCCGAAGGACCAAAGACUUUUACUAUGUUAAUAUUGGGGCGUAUUGCGACGCAACCCUAGAUCUUUUGGCAUUUGAAAAUGCGACCAAAAAGACCAAACCAAAUUUAAACGAAGGGGACUCCGUCUAUUGUCGAGUGAUUGAUACAAAAGGCGUUCCGCAAGUUGCUUGCAUUUCGCAAAGAAAAAUGGAAGACGGCUUUGGCCCGUUGGUUGGCGGGUGGACCUUCAAUUUGCCACAGUCGAUGUGCCGACGAAUUAUGGGAGAUGGGUGCUGUGUGUUACCUUCUAUCGGGCAAUACACCCCAUGUGAAGUUGCUGUCGGUGUGAAUGGAGUAGUCUGGGUCCGAACGCCAAAGCAAAUCACUGACGUCAUUGUCGAGAAUUGUUUGGUUGCUUGUGUUGGAACGGUUGACCAGAAUGUUCCUGGAAUGGUCAAACUGAUUUUUGAAAAAUGGAGAGCGACUGACUGA